AUAUUCUGAAUAAAUGAGAUUUCCGGAUUGGGGGAAAUGUUGUUUACAUCUCUAAGGCCCGCCCCAUGCCCGUUCUGACACUUGUCAAUCAAUCGGAACCGUCAUUUGGAUGACGUACAGUGACGUCACGGUUAGAGCCGGGGGGAAGGUGGACGGACAGAAUGGCGGCGACCCAGUGCCGGAGCUCCAAAUGCACGGCCGAAAGAAAAGGAUUCCGGCGGGAACUCGACUCAUGGCGACACAAGCUCAUUCAGUGUGUCGGAUUUGAAAGUAUACUGGAGGGAAUAUAUGGACCAAGACUGCUGCAAGACCUCAAUAUAUUUGAUGAGUGUGAACCAGAGGAUUUGGAUGAUUGGUCCAUUGAUGCAAACUGCUCCUUUUGCAAUCUGCAGUUAGAGAAACUGAAUGAGCAUCCUGCUGUGCCCGGGUCGCCACCCCCUGCUGAAACCCCCCCACCUCAGGGCCUGUCCACCUCUGAUAAAGUCCAGUGCCAAGCAGACCGAUUCCUCUAUGCUAUAUUUCGCAAAAAGGAAUUUCCUCAGAGCUGCGAUUCAAGUAUACCACUGGUUGCACAGGAGUUGAUGCGCAGAAUGAUUCGGCGAUUUGCCUUAGAGUAUGCAUGUAAAAGUCAGACUCAUGGAGACCUGAAUGGCCUGAGUGACAAUUCUGAACGUCUCCUUAGCCAACCAGAUCCUGAUGGGCCUCUGGACCUCACUGUCAGCAGAGCUUCUCCAGCCCUUCAAGUAGAUGGAGUACUUGACCUCUCUAAGAAAAACACACCUUCUGAGAAUGAAACGACACUACAGAUAAGUUCAGGUUCCUUAGGAUCAAGUGUGGAAGACAAGUCCAGUCUGGAGACUGAAGAUGGUUCUAUAGUUCCUGAGGUCGGGAAAAUCACUGUGUUGGAGAAGGUCCUGUCUUCACUUUGUUCCCGUCAUAGAUUACUACUCACUCAUAUUUUAAAGGAUGUACAGGAAGAUUACAACAUCUCAUUAUCUCUAAGGGAUGCUCAUGGAAAACAGGCUGGAUCCCUUUGUUGCCAUCUUCAUAAAAAACUGCUUAAUGAAGCCCCGACACUUGCAUUAGGUGACUGCUCAGUAACUGCUGGCAUUUGUUGCAGAACAGCUUGUGAGCAUCCAACAUGUGCAUUUUCUCCUCCAUGUGUCUCUCUGAGGAACGUUCAUGGCCAUUCCUGCCAAAAUACAGCAAUUGCAUGUGUUGGUCAAGCCAUCUGUUGUAACCCCAGUGAUUGUUGUACUAGUUCAAAACCACUCUCAUGCCAGCAUCAACACAAUGGUGAUCAUACCUACAUUUCUCAUGCAAGGGGUUCUCUAAUCAUUCCUCCAGGUGAUAGUAACUCUCAGAACAGACAUAAAGGAAGCCGUAGCCCCUCUCCACCACCACUCUCGCCAAAACCUGUUGACCUGGAUUAUAAAAUAGCAGUCAAGCCCAGUAUCUUUCCCAUUCAGGAAUUCAAGGCCCCGAACAUAGCACCUCCCUCUCUCCUACCUCACAGAAGCGAGAAUAAAGAAACAACUUUAUGCUCCAGCACUCCUCUUCAUGUGGGAUCUUCUGAUGGAUGUUGUGAAAAGGUUGUAACAUUGCAAACACAAGCAGAGAAAGAUGACCACCAAUGUGGAUCUUUUAUAGGAGAUCUUAUGGACAGAGUCACUGAACAGCUCAAGAGUAUCCAACCCUCUGAGAAGGAACAAAACAUUCCUGCACAUGCCAGUCAAAUCUCCAGGAUAAGAGACGACACACAUUUGACCGAGAUUAUAACAACUGUGUUGCAUAACAGUAGUGAUAAAGAUUAUAACCUUAAUGAUCUUUUACAACAGCAUGUAGCCACAGAACAGCGAUCACCUCAAACACGUUCCCGUAAGAGAUUUGAAACUUUAGUUGCCAUGAGCAAAUCAUCUGACCUUCCAUCAUCACGAAGACAGAGCUUACAAAUCAAAAGAGACCUGGCUAGACUUAGUCCGGCAUUUUCCAAGAGAAAUACAAGAUUGGAUUGGAAUAGAGGCACAAAAAGGGUUAAACCUUUGGAGCUAACAUACUCGCUUAUUGAACAACCUCAGUGCAGAAAGUUGAACAGGACAGUGUACACAGAACCUGUAAAUGAUAACUUGAACACUGGACAUAUGACCACACAUGCAGAAAAAGAAAAGAUAGAAUAUAACCAAGAAACUCACAUCCAGCAUGUUGUUAAAGAACAACUGCCUCCUAAUGAAAGAGCACAGCCACAAAACACAGAUAGUGACCAGAAGAUGAAGGCAAAAAUCCAUAAAGAAAAAUGUCUGGCUGUUCAAGUUGAAAGAACCAGAAGAAAUAUUGUUCCACCUCAGCGUUUCUCUUCUUAUGUUACUGAGCCACGAAAGAUGUAUUUUGCAGCCUGUUUUUCAGAAAGUAUAUUCACAAAGCAUUCCUCUAGAGAUGGCACCUUAACAGCGCUAGGAUCCACAGAAGAAAUUUUCUUGCCUAGUGAUAAAUGUGGCAAGAUGGAGCAUGAACAAGAAGACUGUGGAGUACCACAGAACAAUAGUUUACCGAAACAUGACAAUUUAUCAAAAAAAGAGCCCCUUAGUGAGUGCAAGAAUAAUGAAAGAAGUCCUCAUAAGGAGAGAAAAAGGAAAUCAUUCCAAAAUUCUACCUUGCUAUCAAAGAGAUCUAAAUGUAGCAGAGCCAACAGUCUGAACACUGAACCACACAGUCCUACUAUAUCUAACUUUACUACCACUGAGAGCACAUCACAGGCUGAAGCAAGCCCGUCUAGACUGAAAUAUGACAGUCCAAUAAAGCUCAUGUUUGUUUCCUCUGUGAAAGGUGACGAUGGAAUAAAAUACACACUCAAAGCAGCUGCCUCUGGCUCAGAAUCACAUUGUGAGAUGUUUGAUCCAUGUGUGGAAUCAUCAUGGGCAGGCAGUGCCAUAGACGACAAUAACCAGGAUUCAGUCUUUGAAUCUAAUCCAAGCAAAACUGUUGAGCAUGUUGAGAACAAGUGCACUUUGCCAAAUAUGGUUUCAGCUGGUUCUCCAUUGUCCAGUUUUUCAAGUGAAAGCCAAGAACCACUACCAUUUAUACAUCAAACAACUCCAAUAAAAAGGCGGCCUGGGCGUCCCAAAAAAAUUGGACCACAAAUUGUGAAGUCUGUGAAACGUCCCAUUGGGAGACCUCCAAAACCUAAAACAACAGACUUAAGUUCAAGUACACCCAGUUCAAAUGCAGUCAAUCAGGGAACACAUGAAAUAUAUUCUAAAGAGGAUGAUAACAAAAAAUUGAAAAUCACUAUAUUGUAUGGAAGAUCAAGAAGAGUGAGGAGAGUAGUUUCUGAAGAUCUGGGUAGUUUCUUAACACAGCAACCUGCUUAUGAAGAAUACAAUGGUUGCAUGUACAGUAAAACAAGUACUAAUGAUCAAACAACCAAAGAUCAGUUUAAAGAUCUACAUCUUGUUAUGCCUAUAGAGGACAGGAAAUGUCUCCACUCUAGCAGUAACAUCAAAUGUCAACGACAGAGCGACAUUAUAUUGUCAAGAAAACCAGGGCGACCUCCAAAAGUCCAAAAGAUUUCUGGCAUUUCUGUCACAGUCACAUCAGGGUCACCAAGACAAAGAAAGAUACAUUUAAAAAGAGACACAAAAGAUUCACAUCUGCUCAGAAGGACUCUUGAACUUCAACCUUCCAAAGAGCAGAAGACGAUCUGCAUUCCUACUGACAUUAACAAAGAUAGAGUGGAUGCGCAGAAAGAAUAUAAUCCGAAUACUAGAAGGCAGCUCAUACCAGUGAGACAUUCUGUUAGAGAACGGAAACCCUCGAUUCAUUUGCUUCACUCUGUUGCUACUGCCAGAUCCUGCGCAUUGGUUCGCAGGUCGAGAAAACUACUGCUGAAUAAGGCUAGCUGCGAGGCAAGCCAGCAUGUAAAGAACAUAAAAGAGGAACCCCCAAACAAUGCACUUUCCAUUAAGACCAAGAAUGUCAGUAGUGUACAAGACAUUGUUCGUUUUUCCGCUAUUUCAGUCAACUCCAUUUUCUCACCACAUGAGGGUUUCAGGUGGUGGCCCACAUCAGCAUCACCUGAGACCUUGAAUGAAGAGUUAGCUAGGAGGAUCAAGCUGAUGUCCAAUACUUGGGUAUCAGAUGUCCUUGAGGCAAACCAGUCAGGAGAGAUCAAACCGGAUCUUAAACCAAAAACUUGUAAGGAGCUUCUUGAUGCUCCCAAGAAGUCUACUUCUGCCAUUAAAAUGCUUUUUGAGAAAAAUUAUAAUAUGGAGAAGCUCUGCUCUUGGUUUAUGCAGUCCACGGAAACUCAGUCCCUAGCAAUUGUAAAGAAGGCCAUUGCAAGGAAUCCCAAGGAUGUCUUUCAUUACAGCCUCAGCAGACCCAAUUGCAAAGUUAAUGCUUGCCCAAGUCCACAAGCAGAGCGACUCAGGAAACAUGUAAAAAAAUUUGCUAAAAUCGUUCCAAAGAGUCCAUCAAUGCACAAAAAAGCACAAGAAAUGUUGUCCAAGUCCGCAAGGCCAAUAGCAAAGAGAAAGCUCUUUGACACAUCAUCAUCAUUUAAACAGAAUAUUUCAAUGUCUAGAGGCAUAUGGGUUGACUACCGAAAAGCUCUGAUUAGAGCAAGACAAAAAUUUAAAACCAGGCAUAAGAUAGCAUUACGAGAUGAAGUUUGUGACCAAAUGAGGACUUCAGGUGCUAAGACUCUAAAGUUACCGAAAGAAAUGCCUAAGUUGGUAGACAAGCCAUCCAAACCAGUCAUGAAAGUUCAAAAUGCAUUAAAGCUUUUAGUCAAAACUCCUCCAAAAAUGAUUGGGCUUUCCAACAUUUCAAAGCAAAAUAGAAUCAGCUCCGAAGCUUGGAGUCCAGAGUCGCUAAAAGAGUGCAGAGUGUUUCUGAAAAAGAUCAACUCUCCAAACACCAAGUCAACGACAGAGGAAUGUAAUGUUUGCACCGUAAAGCUUUAUGAUGUCUCAGAGCAUGAGGAGAGUGAGGAUAUUACGGUGAAUGGGACACACAACUCUCCAGUACAGCUACCCUUGUCCUCGAAAAGCCCGAGAAAAGUAGGAAGAAAAAAAGGGAAACUAAAAAAUCCCUCUCCUUCAACAAAAAUGCUCAGACAAUCAAGAAGCUGCAGGGGUGUUCUGGGAGCAAGGUGGUGUGACUUUGUGCUCGGAUCAUUAAAGUAACUUGGGACCAGUUUCGGGCAAGACAUUUUCUUGAACUCUUAACACAAGGUGCCUUUCAACAGUGGUCUGGCUGAGUAUCAAAAGCAUUACGACACACAACCUCAGCAAGCGUCGUGUAGCAAAAACAACGUAAAAAUUCAUUUGACACUUGUUGCACUAUUUAAAUAUUUUAUUUGUAAAACGUUUCAUUUUUUUACUUGGCUUUAUUUUUGGUGCAGACCAGAAGAUCUGUUUGCAUGAAGGAGUAUGAAAGGUUACAUGAGCAGUAUGUUGUCUGGGUGUCAGCCUGUGAUUUUAAAACUUUCUGAAGACAACUUUUUUCACAUUUACAUUUUUAAAGGAUACAAAUGAUCUUAUUUUUAGAUUUGCCAAUGUUUGAUAGGAGUCUUAUGUGCUAUAAAUGUUGCCACUAAGACAAAAACUGCCCAUUCAAAUAGAACUUUUAAAUUUGAAAGUGAGUGUAGUGUUUUUACUUUAAGUUCAGUCACUUUAUUAUUAUCAUUACUUUACAGAAAUAUUUGACUGGAAUUUAGAUUGUUUGACUGUUUUGUGGGAAAUCAUUUAAGCAUUAAUCUACAUCCUUGUUCUUAUUGCACUACCAAACCCCUCCUGCUUCUCAUUUCAUUUUAUUUCUAACUACAACAAAAGUUGUAACGUACAGUGUAUUUUAGUGCAAUGUUUUACUUUUAGAAAGAUGUAAAAGUCUAUUUUACUUUCUCUUAAAUUAAAAGCUUUUAAGAUUAUCCUGAAGCAAAUGUGCUCCACAUAUCGUUUCUUGGGGAAGAAAAGCAUACCUUGUGAAAAUCUUAAAUUGUGAUCUUGCAGUAUGACACCUACCUCCUAAACUGUACUGGUAAGUCAUGGUAGUUCAGCCUGAAAUGAUUAUGUAUUGUUGUGACCUUGUCCUUGAUUUAGGCCAUGUUUAGUUAUUUAUUUAACAUUUGUUGUUAGUCCUACUGCUACUUUAGCUUCUGUUGGUCACCAAAAUGAAUUUAGGUUCCUUUUAACAAGACUGGCUUGCAUCUGUGCCAUUUAAAAUGUAGUCAGAUUGAUAAUCUAAGCUUUGAGAAAUUGGUCUUUGACAUUAUAUAUGUUCUACUGGAUUUAAACCUUUGUGUCUGGGGAAUGUCAGCUAGUGUUUGUUCUAAAACGGCAGAAAUUAAACAUUUUAGCAUUUUUAGACAUUCACUCACUCUUAACACUGUGGAGUGUCUUACACCUGGAGCAGCUGCGGGUUUAGUGGGGACUCAACUUCAAUCGUGGGAGGAAAAGAGUGCCGGUUAUUCAUUACCCCCUCACCUAAAACCUUUGCCAGGAACUGAACCACUGACCUUUAGGAACACAAGUCCAACUCUCUAACUGGUAGGCCAGGCUGCUAAAUGCUUUUCAGUUAUACCCUUUACAUAACCAGUGGCAGUGCCAACAUGAAUGUCUGCACAAACCUCAGCAAUCCCAACUAGUGCUUUUAGGGUCACAACCAUUCGAAGUACUACUGUGUCAAACAGACAAGGCUACAAAAAAAAAAAGAAAAGGAAAGGUACAUUUUGCCUGUACACCUAUGCCAACCGACAGCUGGAGUUGAAGCUUGUUAUAAGACCUGUUAGGUCUUCUGUAUAUUGUUUUUUUUGGCCACUGUAUAUUUGUUACCUGGUGCUACAAGUUGUACAUAAUCGUAUAACUUAUGUACAUGUAUUGUGUUUUCUCUGUGUUUUUUAUACUUGCCUUCAAAGAUGCUGUCUCAAUCAUUAAAACAAUAAAAGCUCUUGUGAA